AUGACUACGGGCGGCGAUGGGGCCUCUGCGGCUCCUGCUGCGGAGUCCCCAGAGGCCCCUGCUGAACUCUCCCUGAGGCCUGAUGCUGGCCCCUUCUUGUGUCCAGAGAGCGUUUACUACUGCGAGCUAAUGCAGCGCAGCGCUGCGUGGAUCCUCCUAUUCAAGGGGGUGCGCUCAGCUGAGCAGGAAGCCCUGGAACUGGGCGCUGCCUGGAUGGGCGCAGUAAUUGAGCAAGUCGGACGACAGGCGCGCCUAUUUGCAACUCUAAGGGGCACAGCUGCUGCUAAUUACUGUGACAUCAAGCAGGCUCUACGUUUUGUGUGUCCGUCGGCAUACGCAUUGCUCUUCGCUGCCGCAGUUGACCCAGUGGCGCCAAGGCCCCCAAAACAGCUUCCCCUCAAGACUGGGGGUCCCGCUAUUGUAAGUUCAGAGGACUCCUGGCUAGUAUAUGAUCUGAUGGGACAAAACAGUAAGGAGCACGAUGGCCCUUCUCCACCGGACAAUGGACGCCAAAAGUUGCAGCAUCAAAGGAGGCCCCCCCAUGUGCCUGAUUACUUACCCCGUUACCCCCCGCCACACCUUUACCAGCGCACAGAGACCCCUUGGGCUCUCGAUCAGGACCCCCAAGUCGCAGACUUCAAGAGAAAGUACAGAAAAUUGGAGCUACAACUCCAACUACCGCAGCUCCAGCUACCCGAACCACUCCCCCAAAACACACAGGCUGUCAUGGCAGAACAGCAGGCAAAGCAACAGAAUGCCGCAGUCGGCUAUGCUCCAAGGAGACUGAGGAAGGCAGAACCAGGAAUAGGGGACAGGCCAGCACAAGAUUUGUAUUUAGGGUAA